GUGGAGUCAGCAUUCACUAGAACAAAACAAUUCCAGUGUGUCAACGCUUCGAUCCCAACGGAAAAAAUUCUUUCCAGCUGGAUACCACCUUGCUACUUCAAGUCGCGGAUGUAAUGUUGUAUCGUUUGUGUACAGCAGUCGUCUUUUGGUCUUGCUAUCGUCCUUCCCUUGCGUUUACGGUGCCAUCGACCAGAGGCCCUUCUACCACCACGUACCGCCGUUACCUUUCGGUUAAAUGGCGUCGCUGAAGCCAUACAUCGAAAUCUUAAUACAAGGAACGCGUCCACUGACAGCAGAUGAAACCGAAGCAGCAUUUUCUGAGAUUUUACAAGGAGCCGAUGAAGUUCAGGUCGGGUCGCUCUUGACUUUGUUGCGUGCCCGGGGUGAAACGCCUUCCGAGAUUGCUGGUAUGGUUCGGGCUAUGAACAAAGCCUGCAACGCAGUUGAUCUUGGAAAUCGGAAACUUUUGGACAUUGUCGGUACAGGAGGUGAUGGAGCCGAUACAAUCAACAUUAGCACGGCAUCAGUGGUGCUCGCGGCCGCCUGUGGUUGUAUUGUGGCCAAGGCGGGGAAUCGUUCCGUGUCGUCAGCGUGUGGAUCAGCAGACGUACUGGAGGCUCUGGGUGUCAAAGUUGACCUGACACCCGAGCAGGUUGUAAAAUGUGUCGAUGCCGUCCGUAUGGCCUUCAUGUUUGCCCCGGUCAACCACCCGUCGAUGAAGUAUGUGGCACCAAUUCGCAAAAAGUUGGGUGUGAGAACGUGUUUCAAUAUUCUCGGACCCAUGACAAACGCGGCUGGCGCACAGCACGCUGUCAUCGGAGUCUUUCACCCUGAGCUCCUGUCACUUAUGGCGGGCGCCUUAAAAGAAGUUGGGCGUGUGGAUCAUGCGGUAGUUAUCCAUGGGCUGGGACUGGACGAAAUUAGCCCCCUGGGACCCUCGACCAUUCUAGAAAUUAAGAACAUUGCGGCUCCGGGUGAGCCCCGUAUCUACGAAGAACGGGAAUUUGAGUUCGAUCCCUUGAGUAUUGGCAUUGCGCGAUGCGAACUGGCUGACCUAAAGGGUGGUGGGCCUGAAGAGAACGCUCAAAAGUUUCGAGAUGUACUGUUGGGUGGAGGACAUACCGACGCAAAGAGAGAUUCUAUUGUCUUGAACGCUGGGGUCGGUUGCUACGUUUUCGGUUUGGCAAAGUCCAUCGAAGACGGAUGUGACCUCGCUCGUGCAACUCUCGAAUCCGGCAAAGCAAGCUCGCUGUUAGAAUCUUGGGUGAAAGUGAGUCAAGAAAUUGCUACGGCGGAAAAGGUAGCAUAGUUUUCUGUAGGAUUGAAAUUAUGCCAAG